GGUACAAGAGCACCGGGACACUCCAGCAGAGGGGAGACGGAGCGGAGCAGACAGACGGAGGGAGACGGGAUAGAGCGGCGGAGCACAUACACACACACACACACCACACAUACACACACACAUUUAUAUAUAUAUAUAUAUAUAUGUACACACAGACGGCCGACAAAGAGCAAAUCCCGGACCCGGACUCUGCACGGCAUCGUCUCUUUUCACAGGCGGAUUAACACCAGCCCCGAAAUCACGCCAAGACAUGAGCUUCUCCCGCUGAACAUUAUUGAUGCUGAACUGAGCGGUCGAGUGCUGUCCUCCAGUAUUUCCCCUCCCCUCUGGUUUCAUCCCUCUUUCCGUUGACUGGUUUGUGAGCAGCCAUGACUAAGUCCUACGAGUUCAACUGGCAAAAGCACCUGCCUGAGUUCAUGCAGGAAGGCGCCACCUUUGACAGAUUCGAUGAGGACCCAUACCUCUUUGAGACGAACUGUCAGAUGAAGGUGGAUGAGUAUGGCUUUUUCAUCACCUGGAAGAGUGAGGGGAAGGAAGGCCAGGUCCUCGAGUGUUCCCUCAUCAACAGCAUUCGUGUCGGUGCCGUCCCAAAGGACCCCAAAAUCUUGUCGUCGUUUGAGGCCGUUGGAAAGACCGAAGCUGACUUGGAGGGCUGUAUUAUCUGCAUCUGCAGCGCCACAGACCUGGUUAACCUCAACUUCAUGUUCCUGGUGGCCGAGAACCCAGAAGUGGCACGGAAGUGGAUUGAGGGUUUGAGGUCAGUGAUUCACAACUUUAAGGCCAACAACGUCUGUCCAAUGACCUGCCUCAAGAAACACUGGAUGAGAAUGUGCUUCCUGACCAAUGUGAACGGGAAGAUUCCUGUGAGAGGCAUUACUCGCACAUUUGCAUCAGGGAAGACGGAGAAAGGGAUUUUUCAGGCCUUAAAGGAUCUGGGCCUUCCUAGUGGAAAGAACGAUGAGAUCGAACCAUCAGAUUUCACCUUUGAUAUUUUCUACGCCCUAACACAGAAGAUCUGCCCUCGCACCGACAUAGAAGAACUCUUCAAAAAGAUCAAUGGGAACAACGAUUAUUUAACUGUAGACCAGUUAGUCAGCUUUUGCUCUCAGAACCAGCGUGACCCCAGGUUAAAUGAGAUCCUGGUUCCAUUCUACGACCCCAAAAGAGCCAUGCAGAUCAUUGAGAAAUAUGAGAGAGAUGAAGACUUAAAGAAGAAAGGCCAUAUGUCCAGUGACGGGUUCUGUCGGUACCUAAUGUCAGACGAAAAUGCUCCAGUUUUCUUGGACCGGCUGGAGCUGUACCAGGACAUGGACCAGAGCCUGGCCCACUAUUUCAUCAGCUCUUCCCACAACACAUACCUGACGGGACGACAGUUUGGAGGGAAGUCCUCUGUGGAGAUGUACCGACAGGUUCUGCUGUCAGGAUGCAGAUGUGUGGAGUUGGACUGCUGGGACGGGAAAAGGAGAAGACCAGGAGCCCAUCAUCAUCAUGGCAAGGCUAUGUGCACAGACAUCUGUUCAAGGUAAAACAACAGCACAGAUGUUAUUCAAGCCAUUAAAGAAACAGCAUUUGUCACGUCAGAGUAUCCUGUUAUUUUGUCCUUUGAAAACCAUUGCAGUAAACCACAACAGUACAAGAUGGCAAAGUAUUGUGAAGAGAUCUUUGGUGACUUGCUUCUCAAGCAGCCUCUGGAGAACUACCCAAUUGAACAAGGACGGGCCUUACCUUCGCCAAACGACCUUAAACGUAAAAUCCUCAUCAAGAACACUUUGAAACCUGAAGUUGAACAGAAGCAGCUAGAGGCCUUUAAGAAGCACAUGGAAGCAGGAGAGACCAACACCCCAGCCAUCAUCAUGGGAGAGGAGAAUGAAGAUGAGACAGAGAACGGAGAAAAAGAGUCUGAUGACAAGGACUUAAAUUCCGAGGCCCCUAGCAGUCUGUCAGAGGCCACCAGUGAGAAAGACACCAACAGCGUUUCCCAGAAUAACACGGUCAGCUCAAGGAAAGAGGAGGAACGCAACAACAGUGUGAAAAAGGUGGCAGACGAUGAGAUAACAGAAAUUUCUGAAGUGACAGAAGCAACAGACGCAACAGAUAUCUCAGAAGCAUCAGACCAAGACAACAGCAAAAAGAGUGGGGAUGUGGCGGAGGACUCUGAGGAGGCUCUGAUAGCUCAGUACACAUAUGUGGGAGCCACCACCAACAUCCACCCGUACCUCUCAGCUAUGGUUAAUUAUGCACAGCCCGUCAAGUUCCAGAGCUUUGAUGUUGCAGAGGAGAGGAACAUCCACCAUAACAUGUCAUCAUUCAACGAGUCUGUUGGUCUAGGUUAUCUGAAGACUAAUGCCAUAGAGUUUGUCAACUACAACAAGCGUCAGAUGAGCCGUAUCUACCCCAAAGGGGGCCGGGUGGACUCCAGUAAUUACAUGCCUCAGAUCUUCUGGAAUGCAGGCUGCCAGAUGGUCUCACUCAACUUCCAGACCCCAGAUCUGGCCAUGCAGUUGAACCAGGGAAAGUUUGAGUACAACGGCUCGUGCGGGUAUCUGCUCAAACCUGAUUUCAUGCGGCGAUCAGACAGGAUGUUUGACCCUUUUUCAGAAACGCCGGUGGAUGGCGUUAUUGCUGCAACCUGCAGUGUACAGGUGUUCUCCGGUCAGUUCCUGUCAGACAAAAAAAUUGGUACAUACGUAGAGGUAGACAUGUAUGGGCUCCCAACAGAUACCAUCCGGAAGGAGUUUCGCACACGCAUGGUGAUGAACAAUGGACUUAACCCCGCCUACAACGAGGAGCCAUUUGUUUUUAGAAAGGUGAUCUUACCGGAUCUGGCAGUACUGCGCAUCGCUGUCUAUGACGACAACAACAAGCUGAUUGGCCAACGCAUCCUGCCUCUGGACGGCCUGCAGGCUGGUUACCGUCACAUCUCUCUGAGGAACGAGGGUAACAAACCCCUGUCAUUGCCCACCAUCUUCUGCCAAAUCAUUCUGAAGACCUACGUGCCCGACGGCUUUGGAGCCAUUGUGGAUGCUCUAUCAGACCCAAAGAAGUUCUUGACCAUUGCAGAAAAGAGAGCUGACCAGAUGAAAGCACUGGGGAUUGACACGAAUGAUAUAGCAGAUGUUCCCAGUGGAAGCUCAAAGAAUGACAAGAAGGGAAAAGGGAAAGGAGACACUGUAAAGGCCAGUGUGACGCCACAAGCCAGCUCAGACAUGGCCCAGACGUCCAACUCAGCCCAAAAUAACACAGCCGAAACCAAGAGGGAUACAGCUCUGGUGCCUAAUGUCAGCAUUGAUGAAUUAAAACAAAUGAAGACAUACCUUAAACUGAUUAAAAAACAACAGAAGGAGCUCAGUGCUUUAAAGAAGAAACACUUAAAGGAUCAAAACAUAAUGCAGAAAACUCACUGCACUCAGGCAGACAAGAUGGUGUCUUUGCAUGAUAAGGAGAAGAUGACCCUGGAGAAACUACUAGAGAAAGCAAUCAAGAAACGAGGGGAAAAUAACUGCCAGGAUCUGAAGAAGGAGACAGAAGAUAAGAUCCAAACACUAGCUACUGAACACAAAGCCAAGGUAAAGGACAUCACAGCACAGCACACUAAAGAGUGGUCAGAGCUGAUCAGUAGUCACAGUAGCGAGGAGCAGGAGAUGAAGGACAGCCACGUCACACAGCAGUGUGAGCACCUUAAGAAACUCCUGGCCACUGUCCAGGAGCAGCAGACCAUGCAGCUCAAACUCAUCCACGAACGGCAGAGCAAAGAAAUGCGUGCCAAUCAAGCCAAGAUGUCCAUGGAAAACAGUAAAGCCAUCAGCCAGGACAAGACCAUCAAAAACAAAGCAGAGAGGGAGAGGAGAGUGAGAGAAUUAAACAGCAGUAACACGAAGAAGUUUUUGGAUGAAAGGAAGAGGCUGGCUAUGAAGCACCAGAAAGAGAUGGAACAGCUCGAGAAAAACCAGAGAGAACAGUUGGAGAAACUGGAGAAGUUCAAUGAGCAGCUUUUGAAAUCACAUCAUGCAAACAAACAGGUUCAAGGCCAAGGACAUGCAGCAGAUGGUGAAGCUGGAGGAGGAGAUGGACCGCAGACCUGCCACGGUGGUGUGAGCGACUGAGACAGAGACACAAACACACUCACAUAAUCGCACACAAACAUGCAGGUGCAGAAAACACACCACCCUGGACAGCCCUCUACAGUCAAGAGAUGUAAAACCUGCCCAGGUCACAUCUUUCUUUUGUACCAUGUGGCCAGCACUCACUAUGUAAACACACAGUCACACACUUAGUUUCUGUUCAUUCACCUGAGCUUCCUGUCUUCUCAUCCUUCCCCUGUCCGCUAACUUUAUACCACUGGUGCUUCACACUGUUUGACCACUUAUGAAAAGAAGAAAGCCUGCCAUGAAGACAGAGCAACACAGUGUCAAGACGCAUCGCCCACUCCACCUGUACAGAACCAACUUUUCUAUCAUCUUCACUGGUCUCUGCAUCUUUUGGGCAACACAAGCUGCAGCUAUUGGUUUACGCAGACACAUCCAACACGCACACAUGUUCACUCAUGGGAUGGAAGAGGCAGUUAUCCUUCCCCUUUUUAACUUUUUUUUUUUCUCCUAAUUGGUACAAAUAAGCUGUAACCGUUCCAGUAACAGCAUGGAAGAGGAGAAGGAAGAGGGGAGAAGAAUAUGUAUAAGAUAUUGUUAUUUCAGCACAAAUGAAUAAACUUUGAAAUACACUGUAUGCUACACACCAGUCCUGUCCUGAGCACUUUGUAUGUGAUAGGCCAUCAUAACAAUGUGGAAAAUGUAGCAGUGCACUACUGUAGGUUUUCUGUAUCUCAGUAAGAAUGUAUGCCAAAAAAGAGAAGAAAAAAAAAAAAACACAUAUACACAAAAAAACACUAUGAGUGACAAACCCCGGUAUCAGCUAGUCCUACGAGCUGUUUGACUUCAGAAAGAUGUUUUAUUUACUUUUUUGUUGUUCAGCAAAGUUACAGCCUUCUUUAAAAAGGCUAAUUAAGUCAAAACUAAAGGGAUCACAAGGGAGGUUCACGUUUAUUCCACAGUCAGGUUGUGUUGUCAUUACAGGUGAAAUUCCUGGGAGACAGUGUAAUCACUCUGCUUCACUCACUUGAAAUUGAUCGGGGAUAGUUAUAUAUAGUGAGGUUUUUUUGUUUGUUUUUUGUUUGUUUUUUUUAAACAGGCUUUGCUCGGUCUUUAAAUUUUUUGACAGCAAAACUCUUUAAUGCUGUAUUUUAUAGCCCUACUUUUCUGCUCAAAAGCACACUAUGCAAAAAUACUCAAAUGUCAUAGUAUAGUACAAAUACUACUUUGGUGUCGAGUCGAAUGAUUUGUAAGGUUUAUAAAAUAAAAUCAGAAACUCAAUCUGGAGCAUGUUCACUGUAACAAAAAGUUAACCCAAAGUAACAGGUAAAAAUGUUGUCAUAAUUGUAACCAAAAUGUUGAUAUGUAAUUGGUUUAUCCAUUAGUAAAAUGAAAGUUGCAUUAAGGAGUUUUGCACAUAUUAAUGUGGUGUAGCACCCGUUCUAUUCUGCUGGAAUUUCCAUUUGUCAUCAUACAGGAACAGUUAAAGUUCACCAUCCUGCCUUGUCAUUUUGUUAAUCUGAUGUCAUGAAAGUGAAGCACUCCUUUCAUACCGUGCAACUUCAGUGUUCCCCUGCUCAGCUUAGGUCAGAGGAGAUCAUACAGUACAACUCCAGCUGAUCUAUGAUGCCUUUGCAUUGCUGUCACACACUGUUCACUGAAGGAAUUUCACUAAAGGACUGUAUCCUUGUGCACCCCCACUUCUAAUGAAGCUAAAUCUCCUAAAUGUUCAUAGGAUGACAAAAGGAUCUAGAAUACGCAGCCCUGUCACUACUGCUGAAUCCAAAAGCCAAUGCAAAGAGAGGAAUGCAAUGCGGUCGUAGUAUUAUGAGGUAAUCCUGUGGGUACUGUAGUAUUUGUGCACAUAUGAUCAUGCGAGACAUUGCACUGCAUGGAAUCACAUGUGAAAAUUGACAGAUGAUAAAAUUCCUAAUCUUAUAUAAUGGAAAAUGUGAUAAAAGCACCUCCAGGUCCAGUAUUUUGGCCUUUUUAAAGAUAUACUCUGUUUUAUUCUGCUGUAACACACAUUAAGGGUAGACGGAAUAUUUGUGUAUAUACUGGAAUGUAUGUUGUUUCAUUUUUCUUUUGACUUAUUUGUGUUCAAUGAUUCUGUCAUACAAGGGCUUGGGGAUAGACUGGGUCUGGUGGAUUCUCGGGGGAAGACAUUUAUCGACCACUGGCUUUUCUUGUCCGUACCUUCUUUUUUUGUUUUUUGUUUUUUUUUGGUUCCAGUCUGCCCUUACUGCACCACACAACACAGUAUAAAGCUCUCACCACAUAUCUAGUGCAGAGAUAAUGAGUAAAAGUGCUUUUAAAUUUUAUUCCAUCGCUUUCAAAUGUGCCACUCAGUGUCUGUUAGGACGUUUAAAUUAUUUUAUGAAUGAUAAAAUGCCAAAUUAAGGGGUUAUUUAUAUGAAGAUAUAUAUAUAAAUAAAUAUAUAUAUUAUAUAUAUUAGAUAUAAUGUGUAGUUUAAAAUUAUUCUGUUUGUUAGAGGCUUUUUGCACUAGUCGAAUGUUUCUGUUGUGUGAUUCUAUGUAACCUUUGGCUCUCUAGUUUGUCAAAAAAGCAGAUUAUUUUUGCAGAGCAAUGUCACCAAUUUGAUUUCUUCUGUUUCUACUGUAUCUUCUUUGUUUUCUAUUUUAAUUGUAGCUUGUCAACAAAACAUCCUGUGCGUGUUUUUGUAUUUAUAUUGUAUUGUUGAACUUAUAGCAAUGAAAAUACUGUUGUUAUCUGGCUCCUUUAAUACUGUUUUAUAGUAUGUGUACCAAUAAAUCCAGGUGUAAAAUGGGA